GCAGAGACGUCGAGGGAGAAACAGCAGAGACAUCGAGGGAGAAACGGUGGAAACAUCCCUGCAGGAGAAAAUCCCUGCAGAAGAAAGAAGAAACUGAACAUGAAGACGUACAUGAAUCUGUCCGUCUGUCUGUCUCUGCUGCUGCUGCUUCACUCCGGAGGAACUAAACCUGUUUCUGAUUCUGACCUGCAGGCUCUACAGCAGCUUCUAGAGGACGACAUCACCACCGUGAACCUCCUCCCCACCGUGGACCAGGACGGCCAGGAAGACCAGCAGGGAUACUUCCUCCAGGACACACCGGUGUUCAGAGCUGCACAUCUACCAGAACUUCCAGAGUCUCCAGAGUCUCAGCCCUGGACCUCCUACAAUCCUCCCAGUUCUGGUCUGACCUCCUACGAUCCUCCCAGGGCUGGUCUGGAUCCCCCCAGGUCUGGUCUGGAGACCAAACGAGAGUCCUGGACCUCCUACGAUCCUCCCAGGUCUGGUCUGGAUCCUCCCAGGUCUGGUCUGGGGACCAAACGAGAGUCCUGGACCUCCUACGAUCCCCCUAGGUCUGGUCUGGGGUCCAAACGAGACCCGCUCAGCCGCUUUCUGCAGGACUUCCUGACAUCCAAACGUUCCUGGAGCCGAUACAAGAAGGGGGGGCUGAGAAGCUGUUUCAGGGUCCGACUUGAGAGAAUCGGAUCUUUCAGCGGACUGGGCUGCUGAUGACGGACCGGAUCAUCAGCGUAACAGAACCACAACUCCCCGAUCUGUGAUCAAUGACUGUAUUUAUAUUUAUUCUUCUUCCUGUUCAUAAAGUACAGUUUCUGUCAUGUUGUAUUAAAACCA